AUGUGUAAACUCUUCAUUGCCGUUGCCUGCAUUGCCGCAGUUGUCUAUGCUGGACAUACGCCAACAGCCGAAGAAGCUAAGGCUGAAAUGAUUGCCGCAGGAAUUUCGGAGACGGCUGCCGCUGGAAUUAUUACGAUUGCCGAAAAAUACAAGAGCCAAUUUGAGCAAGCAAAAUCUGAUCAUGAAGCUGGAAAAAGCGCUUUCCAAGCAUUCCACAGUGAAGUCGAGACAUACAUUCAAACACAGUCCGCAGCCGAUCAAGCAGCUUACAAGGCAUUCGUCGAGAAGAAGAAGGCUCAACAUCAAGGACGUCACUCUACACCAAGCGCAUAA